ACGUUAUGUUUGUUUUGUUUAAGCUGGUAAAUUAUAGAAAGGAAGAAGAAUUCAACAAUUUUGAAAUCUCAGAUAAGAAUGAAUUAGAGAAGAUUGGGAGAGGAAUGUGUGUGAUUUCAAUGAAAAGACUGGAAUCAAAUUCUGAGUGUUAGAUGGUAUCAAAUUAAACGGCGUGACCAAGUGAAAAAUGUACGCAUUCAAUUUCACGAUCUCGUCCAGUUGGCUUGUGAAGCUUCGCACUCUUGCCUAGUGAGACGAAUUCGCUUAUACGAUGAAUUCGCUUGUUCGUAAGUGGAAACGGUCCGCCGUGGAGAAAGAUGAAGCGCCAGUGAAAAGCAGCUUCUUAUCAAGAUGGGCGACAGGUCGAAGCGUAUUUAGAAUUGUAGGCGGGGCUGCUACAAGCAACGCCAAUCGAUCGACAGGAUGAGCGGCAUUUUCCAAUUGCAAGUGCUCCUGAUACUGAGCGACAUCUUGGGGGUUGUCAGUGAGAAGGAGCCAGAGAUGAUUGAAUUACAGUCCAAUCGGAAUUACCUGAUCCAAGUGAUUGACAGUCGCUGGAGGCGGGGCCAGCUGGAAUAGAACGCAGUGAAAUAGAAAUUAGCAUACAGCCAAUCGCUGCGCUUUGUAUAAUCAGCAGAGUCACCAAUCACCACGCGAUAUAUUAGCAUAGUUCCAAUCGGCUGGCGAGAUGGGCUGCACUCGGCAAAUGAUGGACGGUAGAUCUGACAAAUUGGAGGAUCUGAAAGAAAAGGCUGUGGAGGAGGUUGAGAAGAAAGAAAACGGCAGCGGAGACGCGCCAGCAAAUGGAACAGAGGAAGAGAAUGGAAACGAGCACACAGAUGAGAAUGCAGAGGAAGUAGAUGAGGAAGAGGAGGAAGAGGAAGAUGCUGAGGGUGAAGGUGAAGAAGAAGAUGGUGAAGAGGAAGAGGGUGCAGAGGAAGAAGACGAUACAGAUGGGCAUGCAGUGAAGCGUCCGGCUGAGGAGCAGGGUGAAGUUGAAAAGAAGAGGCAAAAGUCAGAAAAUGGAGAGUCAACAGAACCCAAGGCAGAAGCUUAAACAUUCCUUUGUUUGAAUUUUUAUAUCUUGAUGGUGUGGUCCAGUUCACUUUGUAAAGAUUGUGCUUUUUUUAAAAUGUACACUUGCAGUGUGGGUUUUAUACUGUACAACUGGCUCCUGUAACACCUGUCCAAGGCAUUGCUCUCGGGAAUAUGUUUUUUAUGAAGUUAUUUAUUAUAUGGUCUUUGUACAACCACAUUUUGUAAUGGGUUUGAAUGCUGUAAUAAAUGUUUUUCAGGUCUGUUUUGAAAUGGGUUUACAACUUGGAUUUGUACACUUUAAAAGCACAUACUUUACAGUUGACUGACCAUGUUCUUAUUUCAAGAAAAUAAAAACUGCCCUUUUUUCUUUUUUUGUAAA